AUGGAAGAACCUUUACUCACUCUGCAUGGUACUACAAACCUAUGGAUAAAUGGAGAGCGGCAACGGUUUCAAAAAGUUCUUCAUAAUAAUAUUCAAGAAUUCGCAGAGAAAUGUCAACAAGAAGUGGAGUGGCUUCAUGAAUUUUUAAAAAACAUUGUUCCCAAAAAAAAAAAAAUUGAUCCAGAUAAAAAACCAGACAAGCGAAAGCGUAACGAAGAGCAGCAAAAUCUCAUCGAAUCAAAAAGAAAAAUCGAGCGCUCGAAAGUGAUAACAUACACGGACAAAAAGAUUCCCAUCUCUACAAAAUCAAGUAACAUUCCCAGAAAAGCAAUCAUCAGUAUGCCCUCGAGACAACCACAACAUCCACCAUCGCGACAACGGGAAACCAAGCGUUUACGCACUGCCGAGUUUGAUGACGAUACGAACGCUGUAGUAUUAGAUCAAAAUAAUCUCAACAACCCUAUACGUCAAGAAUUUUUACUGAUAGAAAGGUUGCGACAAGAAGCGCAACUUUUACGACAAAAAGCUGUUGAAAAAGAGGAAGAAGCUAGUCGUCUGGAGGCUAUACAUUUUGAAGCUCUUCGAAGGGAGGCUGCUGCUCAAAGAGAAGCUCUUCAAGAAUCUUUAUGGAGUAAAGAACAGUGUCAACUUCACAAAAAUCACAUGUUCACCUAUAAUAAUAGUCAUGGUAACGUAAAAUUAACCACUAGAUCUAAAAGUAAACCAGACUGGUGUAACGAUCCGGAAAUCUCUGCCGCUCUAGCACGACAAGCUCAAAUUGAUCCAGACAAUAUAUUCAAAUGUGGAAAGUCAUCAAGGAAUAGAUCGAGUUCAGAAAUAUGGGAGGCCCCCGAUCUGACAAUAGAAGAAGAAGUUGAAUACAAACAAAAGAUGGGAUAUAUUUGA